AUGCCACCAAAACGAAGCACUCUGCUGGGCAGAAAGCAGGCACGGACUCAAAUUGACGAUCAACGUGCAAGACAAGGUGCUUCUCGAGCAGCUGAGAGUCCAGAGCAGAGACAAACUCGGCUUGGCGACCAACGUGGAAGACAAGCUUCCUCAAGACACGCCGAGAGUUCGGAACAGAGACAAACUCGGCUUGGUAGUCUACGUGCAAGACAAGCAGCCUCCAGAGCAGUCGAGACUCCGGAGCAGAGACGGACUCGGAGUGAAGAUCAACGUAGACGACAAGCAGCCUCACGAGCAGUACAUUGGACAUUCAUGGAAGGGGAAGCGUUUCGCUAUUAUCCAGCUAACAACUACGACAGCCAUCCUCAACUUCAUAUUGGACAAAUGACCGACGUUUGCUCAUACUGUGAUGCUCUCAAGUGGCCUGGAGAAGUACCAGGUAUGUGUUGCUCUGGUGGUAAGGUGAGGCUACCAGCACUUCGGCCUCCUCCGGAACCACUGAAAUCACUGAUGUCAGGAGAUCCAAGCGUAUUGUGCGAUAUCCCCGAUCGGUAA